UGUUCUUGCAUAAGCAUAUCGUUAUGCAUUACAUAUGAUAUGUAUUGUACAGCCAGUCGGGACUGGGAUGGUUAAUUCGACACUGGAAAAUUGAAGAGAGAGCUAGAGAUAUUCAGUGGACGCAUUUUUGAUUAAAUUUUUCACGAUAAUUAUGUAAAAAGUUGUGCUUCAUUCAAGAAAAAAUUACACUAUGGCUUAUAGACUUUUAAGUAGUGCAAAGAAAUUGGAGAGAAAUCUCUUAAGUAGCCUGAGAAAGGGACAUUUAAGUUCUUUUCACCAUGAUAUUGCGACUUUGCGAAGGGAUGUCAGCCCUUGGACGUGGGAUGCACUUUUGAAGGAGUGGCGAACAUUUUGUGAGAAACCACCAAAGGGAUUUGAGAAGUAUUUCAGGCAAUCGGGUGGAAAACAACGGAAAGAAGCAAGUGAGACGGAUAAGAAUAAAAAGACUCCGUCAUCUGAUGAACAUCCACCGCGUAAGAGUUCACCUGGACCACCGAGGGGUGAUCCAGGCAAGAAUGACUGGAAUUUUGGGAUGUUUAAUCCAAGUCCGGCACGUGGUAAAGGCAGAGGAUCAUCAGGACGUCCAAUUGGUGGCGAUGGAGGUGACAAGGAGAAGUGGAUACUAUUUGGAGCACUAGGAACUGUAGCCCUUGUGGGAACGUUAGCGUACUUUGAGAUGGGAUACAAGGAAAUUGGUUGGAAAGAAUUUGUGACCAAUUAUCUGGCCAGAGGAGUUGUUGAAAAACUCGAAGUGGUCAAUAAGAAAUGGGUGAGAGUUCGACUGACUCCAGGGAGUUCGAGUGAUUCAGGGGGUGUUUUGUGGUUCAACAUUGGCAGUGUGGAUUCCUUCGAGAGGAAUUUGGAACAUGCCCAGGAUGACAUGGGAGUGGAGCCUGUUAACUAUGUUCCGGUAAUUUAUCGGUCAGAAAUUGAAGCUGCUAGUUUAACAGGACUCCUGCCUACCCUUCUGAUAAUCGGCUUCCUUUUGUUCAUGAUGCGUCGCUCAGCUCAAAUGAUGGGCGGUCCGGGUGGUCGCAAAGGUGGUGGAUUAUUUGGCGGUGUAAUGCAAUCCACAGCUAAACUGAUAAAUUCUAAUGAGAUUGAGGUGCGCUUCAAGGAUGUGGCUGGAUGUGAGGAGGCAAAAAUUGAAAUUAUGGAAUUUGUGAAUUUCCUCAAAAAUCCCCAGCAGUACAUUGAUCUAGGAGCUAAAAUACCAAAAGGAGCAAUGCUGACGGGUCCUCCAGGAACGGGAAAAACACUCCUGGCAAAAGCAACAGCCGGUGAGGCGAAUGUACCCUUUAUCACAGUGUCUGGCUCAGAAUUUCUCGAAAUGUUUGUGGGUGUUGGACCAUCAAGAGUGAGAGAUAUGUUUGCCAUGGCCAGGAAACAUGCUCCAUGUAUUCUGUUCAUUGACGAAAUUGAUGCAGUGGGCAGGAAAAGGGGCGGCAAGAGUUUUGGAGGGCAUUCUGAGCAAGAGAAUACUCUGAAUCAGCUUCUUGUAGAAAUGGAUGGAUUCAAUACUACCACAAACGUUGUAGUCUUGGCAGCUACAAAUCGUGUUGAUAUCCUUGAUAAGGCCCUACUGAGGCCAGGUCGUUUCGACAGGCAAAUCUAUGUUCCGGCUCCGGAUAUCAAGGGUCGUGCUAGUAUCUUCAAGGUCCAUCUGGAACCACUGAAAACAAAUCUAGACAAACAGGAAUUGUCACGAAAGAUGGCAGCACUCACGCCAGGAUUCACUGGAGCAGAUAUUGCUAAUGUAUGCAAUGAGGCUGCACUAAUUGCUGCUAGAGAUCUCAAUGAUGCCAUCAAUAUCAAGCAUUUUGAGCAAGCCAUUGAGAGAGUCAUAGCUGGUAUGGAAAAGAAAACGAAUGUUCUCGCGCCUGAUGAGAAAAAAACCGUGGCUUAUCACGAAGCUGGCCACGCGGUAGCUGGAUGGUUCCUAGAGCACUCUGAUCCACUUCUUAAAGUGUCUAUUAUUCCGCGUGGAAAGGGACUCGGGUAUGCACAGUACUUACCCAAGGAUCAGUACUUGUUGUCCCAGGAACAGCUUUUUGAUCGAAUGUGUAUGACGCUGGGUGGUCGAGUGUCUGAAGAGAUCUUUUUUGGAAAGAUCACCACAGGUGCCCAAGAUGAUCUCAAGAAAGUCACGGAUAGUGCUUAUGCUCAGGUAGUACGUUUUGGAAUGAAUGAAAAGGUGGGCAAUGUAAGUUUUGAUAUGGGGGCUCCGGGUGAUCCAAUGUUCAGUAAGCCCUAUUCAGAACAAACAGCACAGUUGAUUGACACGGAAGUGAGGGAAUUGAUUAAGAGUGCUCAUGUGCGAACACAAGAGCUGCUGCAGAAGCAUAAAGCUAAUGUGGAAAAGGUGGCUGAGCGCCUGUUGAAGAAUGAGAUCCUGAAUCGAGAGGAUAUGAUUGAAUUGUUGGGAGCGCGGCCGUUUAAGGAGAAGUCCACUUAUGAAGAGUUUGUCGAAGGCACUGGAGGUUUGGAGGAAAAUACAUCUCUGCCAGAAGGAUUGAAGAAUUGGAAUAAACCCUCUCAGAAGUCAGAAGAGUUGCCAAAUACGGCCAAACAGGAGUGAUUGUUUAAAGUACCAGCAUUUUAUGACUUUGAGUCAGUGAGUAGGAAAAUAUACCAUGUUGAGAUAUUCAGAAA